AUGUCUACAUACGAAAACAAAGGCUCAAACCGUAAAGGUAACAACGCCAAGAAAGGACAAGCUCAUCAAAAUACAACGAGCUGGAAGGCCAACAAGAACUCUAAGAAGUCCCGAGAAAUUGCAGCUUUACCUGUAUACGGUCUCUGCCAGCGCUGUACAGAUGUCAUCUUGUGGCGUAAGAAAUACAAGAAAUAUAAGCCUUUAACCACUGUCAAGAGAUGUACCUGUUGUCAAGAAAAGGCCAUCAAAGAGGCAUAUCAUGUUCUUUGUGAUAAUUGCGCACGCUCUAAAGGGGUUUGUGCCAAAUGUUUAGAAUCCAAGGAAAUCUUGGUAUCCAAGGAUGAGAUCAAAACAAAUGCCGAUGAGAUGAGAGAAGGUCAAGAGAUGGAGCGUAUGUUGAGUAGAAUGACUCUUCGCCAAAGAAGAAGCUACAUGCGUAAACUAGAGAGAGGUGAUGAUGUAUCUGGUAUUGUUGGCAAGAACGAAGACAGCGAUUUUGAUUUUGAAGACAGUGAUCUGGAGGAGGAGUCUGGAGAAGACUCGGAUGAGAAGAGGGAGGAAGAAGCCAAGAAAUAA